UUGGACUGAAAUAUGAAUGUGUUGUGGUUAGAUCAAACUUAUUUGAUACUAACUUGUUUGAUUUAUUUUUACAGAAAACAAUUAGAGUAGUAAUUACAGAUUUAUUUAAAUUUGAAAAUAAAAAUAAAGAAUAUGAUGAAGUGAAGUAAAAAUGAAAUCAAUCAGUUAAAAGUUAGACUGAUACAAUUCUUUCAAGCUUAUCUAGUUGUUUUCUUUAGGUAAUGAAAUUUUCUUUAUUUAUUUAUAAGCUAGUAAAGAUAAUAAAUUCAUAAAUAAUGUUCUUUCUCAUUCGUCGGAUAAAAAACCAUCAUUAUUGGUUUCGUGAUAUUGUCGAGUUAAAUAAUUUAUGGAAGAGUUCAAAUGUUAACCUCAAUCGAGGUAAUAUUAAUAAUUUUAAUUGGAGUAAAUAUAGUACGCAGACUGAGCUUUCUUUACCAGAUAAAAAUAUUAAAAAAUACAUACAAUCAAUCAGUGAAGCAUAUAAAACUACAAUUCAAAAGAAAAACCCAGAAUUCACGUCGAUAAUUGAAAUUCAAGAAGUUUCAUAUCUUUUGAGACAUCGCUGUGAAGUAGAAGAAAGUAUAAACAACUUGAUAGAACUUGGUAAUCAAGAUGAGGAAAUGAAAAAAUUAGGUAAAGAAGAAUAUACAGAAUACUGUAAUAUAUUAGAGAAAAUUGAUGAAGAGUUACUAGAAAUUAUAGCUGACAAUUUAGGCAGAGAUCCAUGUCGUGAUAUAAUUUUUGAAAUUACUGCUGGCAUUGGUGGUCAAGAAGCAAUGCUUUUCACUGCAGAUCUAUGUAAAAUGUAUGCAGGAUAUUUUUCAUAUAUUGGUUUUACGUAUGAUGUAACUGAAAUAAACGAAGAUAGCGAAGGAGGAAUUCGACAUGCUAGCUUUUUCGUUUCUGGGGAAAGAGCUUUUGAAUUACUAAGACAUGAAGGUGGUGUUCAUCGAGUACAAAGGAAUCCGACUACGGAUAAAUCUGGCAGAAUUCAUACAAGCACCGUCUCUGUAGUAGUUUUACCUCAACCUACAGAUAUUGAAAUUAAUAUUACACCCAAAGAUCUUAAAAUCGAAACUAUGAGAUCAUCUGCACCAGGUGGUCAAAAUGUCAACAAAACAGAAUCAGCUGUUCGAGUAACACAUUUGCCUACUGGCGUAGCAAUAGAAGCUCAAACUCAACGUUCACAAAUACAGAAUAAGAGUUUAGCACUUCAAAAGCUUCGUGCAAAGCUUUAUGAUAUGGAACUUAAAGAUCAAAAAGAAAAUACUGCUUCUAUGAAAAAAAAGCAAAGAGGAAUGAGUCAGAGAAACGAAAAAAUCAGAACGUAUAAUUUUAAUCAAGACCGAAUUACUGAUCAUAGAUUGACAGAUGGGACAAUGCAUAAUUUAAAAGGUUUUUUGGAUGGAGGUGAAGAGUUAAAAAUUUUACAAGAACGAUUACAAAAAAAACUUCAGUUACAACUACUUCAUGAAGCUAUUGAAAAAUGUAAAUAAGUUAUAUAAAGAUGAUUAUAUUGUACAUACAGCAAAAAAGAUGAAUAAUAAAUUAUUGAUUGAUAUUAAAAUAA